UUCCGCUGUUCUCUCUGGUCAUUGAUAGCGUAAACUGCAGCCUCUUCGUCCUGCUCCCCUCCUCGGGCCCUCGUCUGCGCCUUCGCCAUGGGUCCGCGCGGGAACCGGCUGCUCCCCAUUCUCCUAGCCCUCGUCGCCGCGGCGGGUCCCGCGCCGUGGUCCGUCGCCGGUGACGAGAGGGCGGUGGCGGAGGUCUCCGGCGCGCCGGAGGGGGUCGUGUGGGUGGCCCAGCUCUCGGAUCUCCACUUCAGCGUGCACCACCCGGAGCGCGCCUACGACUUCCGGCGAUACGUCGGCCCGGCGCUCGCCAUGGUCAACCCCGACCUCGUCUUCAUCACCGGCGACCUCACCGAGGGGAAAAGCAAAGAUCUGCUUACAAUGAAGCAAAAUGAGGUGGAGUGGAUGGAAUAUAGUAGUACGAUGAAGGAUGUCAUUGAGAGUAGCAAGCUUCCAAGAAAAAAAUUCUAUGAUCUGAGAGGAAACCAUGAUAGCUUUGGUGUACCUGUGUCUGGUGGGGACUAUGACUUCUACGAGAAAUAUAGCAUCAAUGCUAACCUAAGACGACAGGGGCGCGUGCAAAGCAUCACUUUGGAGAAUAAUGGCCGGAAGCAUCUGUUUGUUGGCUUCGAUAGCACAAUGGAGAUCGGACUUAGGGGCCCAACCAAUUUAUUUGGGCAUCCAACUGACAAGCAGCUUAUAGAACUGGACCAAUCACUGUCGCAGUGGGACACUGACUUCAACAAGGCUCCAGUCACAAAAAUUACAGUUGGGCACUUCCCGAUGUCUUUCUCAGCAUUGACAGAAUCAGGAAAAAAUAUCAAGGAUGUCUUUCUAAAGCACUCAUUAGCAGCAUACUUGUGUGGACAUCUUCACACAAGGUUUGGCAAGAAUUUGAAGCGUUACUAUCAUCGAGCAACUCAGGAACCAUCACUGUAUGAACACUACUACCAGUCUAACAUGCACCAAGGAUAUGCAAUCCCGAGUGCUGAAGAGAACUGUUCUGAAGCAGCAGCACCUGUUGAGGAGUUCUGGGAGUGGGAGAUUGGCGAUUGGAAAAGGAGUAGAAGUAUGAGGAUAUUAGCAAUUGAUGAUGGAUUUGUCUCCUUUACUGACAUAGAUUUCAGGUUAGGUUCAAAAAGUGUAAUUAUACUAGCUACCUUCCCUCUGGACUCGAGAUUUAUGCAGAGAACAUCUGCUCCUCGUGAUUUCAAAUGUCACGCCAUGGGAGCUUCAACUUUUGACACGGUGAGGGCGCUUGUAUUCUCUCGACAUGAGAUAGUAACUGUCUCAGCAAAGAUAUAUGACUCAAGGCCAGGAAACCUUGAAGUGGUAUUCGACAGCGAAAUGAAAAGAGUGAGUGCCAAUGAUUCUAGAGGAGAUAUGUAUUUAAUUCCAUGGAACUGGAGAGCAUUUGCAGAUCCUUCUCCAGAUCGGUACUGGCUGCAAAUCGAAGCGAUGGAUAUAACAGGUGACAUUAGUGUCAGCCAGUUGAGGCCAUUCUCUGUGAAUGGGUUGUUUGCAGAAGUUAACUGGACAUGGAAGGAAUUUUUCGUGAUGGGCAUCCAGUGGGCGUCGGUAUAUCACCCCGCACUGCAGUGCGUUCUUGCUCUGAUUUUCACACUGCUUCUCGUGCCACGAGCUUCAGUAGUGCUACUUAAGGAUCAACAAUCUGUGUACACAUAUCUGCGUGCGGACGGUGGUCAGUAUACAUCACUGAAGUAUCUACUUGGUGGUUUUAUCUGGCUUUUUGUUGAGCUGUCCAGGAUGGUUCUUGUGUGGUCUUUGCUGUUGGUGUAUAUAAUCUAUCUGUUGGUCUUCCCUUGGUUUUCUGGUCACCCUGUAACAGAGGACAGCAGCCUUGCAUCCAUGACAUUCAGAGGUUGGGCUCUUAAAAGUGGCACGAAAACUUUCCAUGCCGGCACUCCAGACGUCAUGGUCAUCGUUCUACCUCACCUCUGUUUCGUGGUAUUACCGAUGAUUGCGAUUCUCGCCGCGAUGGCUGCCGAGAGGAUCGCAUUCCGAGAACACUACCUCUCACAGUCAGGAAAGAAAAAAGAUGAUCCUCACCAAAAGAGCAGGAGAGAGGUAGGGCGUGAUAGCUUGUGGAGCGGUCGCUGGAUAAGGAAAAUCCUCAUCGCUUUUUGCCUGGUGGUUCUGUGGAAACACUGGAAGCUGUGUAGAGCUCUUAUGAAGGCCUUUGCCAUGGACCCUCUGCUCCAUUCUCCGGUGCUCUUCUACUUCAUACCGGCUCUCAUGGCGUUUGCUGUCUACAGAACCUCGUCCAUUUAGCUGUUUCGGGGCCCUGCUGGGAGCACCGUGCUAUAUUUCGGCGGAGUUGCGAAGGCACUGCAGACGGAGCACCUAGAAGGCUAGAGCUCGUAGCUGAAGAUUUUAUUGGCCGGGUCACUCGUCUAUUACUCUUUUUUUGUUUCUUUUGGAGAGGAGAUCUGUUAGACCAUCUAUCUAACAUGCAUAAAGAUAUUGUCAGCAUUGUACUGGACAUAAUUUAUACAGACUAAACACGUCAUUUCUUCAGAGCGAGGAGUUAA